AUGCGUUUCAUUUCCCUUGUAUCUCCGAUCACGUUCGUAAGCACGGAAAGCUUGUUUGUCCAGUCUGUAACUCUCUCUGGAAAGACGCUUCUCUUCUUGCUCCUCAUCGCUUCUCUUCUUGCUCCUCAUCGGAAUACAACUGAAUCUCCCCUCGACGACGCCGUUUCCACCGUCGUUGUAAGGCCAAAAUUCUACGACGACGACGAUCCCUUGCUCUCACCUCGGUUUGUCACCAUACCUGAAACCGACACCAACGAUGGAGAUUUUAGAAACGUACAGGUGAGCUUGUUACCUGAAUCCGCCGUUGUCUCUGUAGUGUGUGGUUACGAGACACGUGUAGUGGCUCUUCGUGUGAAGGCGCCACCACCACCUCUAGCUAGCGGAGGACGUAGGCGGCUUCUAGAUCCGUUGCAACGUGCUCCGGUGGAUCUGGUGAUUGUACUUGACAUAGCUGGAAUCGGUAACGCUGCAAAACUCCAAAUGGUCAAACGAGCCAUGCGGCUUGUGGUUUCCUCGCUCGGCUCGGCUGAUCGGUUCUCUAUAGUCGCAUCUGGUACGAGACUCCUCCCACUAAAGAGAAUGACAAACCACGGCAAACGUUCCGCAGGAGUUGUUGUGGAUGGGCUUCUUUGUGGUCGUCAAGCUUCUAACACAAGCGAAACUUUGAAAAAAGCCGCGCGUGUGCUUGAAGAUCGUAGGGAGAGAAACCCUAUCGCUAGUAUUGUCCUCCUAUCGGACGGUCAGAGUCAGUUAAGUAGAGUAAACAAAAAUCAACGGUCCAUAAUUGAGAUCCCUGUGACUGAGUAUGGAUUUGGAGACAGCCAUGCACCACCUGAAGAGUCAUUCACAAAAUGUAUAGAAGGGUUGCUUAGUGUGGUGGUUCAGGAUCUUAGGAUCCAAAUCCGAGUUGGAUCAGGAUGUGGACCAUGUGAGAUCUCAGCCGUUUACUUAUGCAAUGGGCGACCAGUGUUGGUUAGCUCUGGCUCCAGAUCAGUAAGACUAGGGGACCUUUACGCAGGUGAGGAGAGAGAUCUCCUAGUGGAGCUUAGGAUCCCGUCAACAGCAAGCUUGACAGGAUCCCAACAAGUGCUGUCAGUUAGAGGUCUCUAUAAGGACCCAUCGACACAAGAAGUUGUAUAUGGACGGGACCAGUCACUCCGCGUUCCCCAGUCCGUGAGAUCAUCGACUUCUCCUAAGAUCGAACGGUUAAGGAGCCUUUUCAUAAUGACACGAGCUGUGACGGAGGCUCGGAGACUGGUGGAGUAUGGGGAGUGCACUAGCGCACACCAUUUGUUGACGUCAGCGCUUGCAUUGCUUGGGCGAUCGGGAACGGCGGAGGCAGCGGCAGAGUACGCGAAAGUCGUGGAGGCCGAGCUUGUGGAGGUUGAGUGGAGGAGGCAACAGUUGAUGGAGUAUCAGAGUCAGCAGCAACAACAUGUUCAACGAAGGAGAGGGAGUGAGAGAAGAGACAUGACAAUGAUGUUGGUGGAUGAAAAUGGAGAGCCGUUGACUCCCACGUCGACAGGGAGAGCUAUGAUGAAGAAGAGUGAUUUGCACGGCUUUGAAAAUGCUAGGUUUUAA